UCCAGACUGUAGCCAAGGGCGGAGCUUCUCGGAAAAGGAGAGAAGGCGGGGCUGAAAGGAACCCUAGGGGAAGUAGGAAGGAAGCUCGGCGGGCGAGCCGACCGGACCUCACAUAGGCUCAGGGUGGCUCGCCAUGUCUGCGGGAGGCCCGUGCGAGGGAUCCGUGUCCCUGGACUCCUCCGAGUCUUCCCUACCCUUGGCCGCGCUCAACGUGCGAGUGCGGCGCCGUCUCUCUCUGUUCUUGAACGCGCGGACGCCGGUGGCGGCCGACUGGACUGUGCUGGCGGAGGAGAUGGGCUUCGAGUACUUGGAGAUCCGACAUCUAGAGACGCGCCCUGACCCCACCGGCAGUUUGUUGGAUGCCUGGCAGGGGCGCUCUGGCGCGACGGUCGGCAGGCUGAUAGAGAUGCUAGCCGCGCUGGGCCGUGAGGAUAUAUUGCUGGAGCUGGGGCCCAGCAUCGAGGAAGACUGCAAGAAAUACAUAAGGAAUCAACAGAAGCAGGAGUCUGAGAAGCCCUUACAGGUGGCCAGAGUGGAAAGCAGUGUCCCACAAACAAAGGAGCUGGAGGGCAUCACCACUCUUGACGACCCUCUGGGACAAACACCAGAGAUUUUCGAUGCCUUCAUCUGCUACUGUCCCAGUGACAUUGAGUUUGUGCAGGAGAUGAUCAGACAACUAGAACAGACAGACUAUCGGCUGAAGUUGUGUGUGUCCGACCGUGAUGUCCUGCCAGGCACCUGUGUCUGGUCCAUUGCCAGUGAACUCAUUGAGAAAAGGUGUCGCCGGAUGGUGGUGGUUGUUUCUGACGAUUACCUACAGAGCAAGGAAUGUGACUUCCAGACUAAGUUUGCUCUCAGCCUCUCUCCAGGUGUCCAACAGAAGCGACUGAUUCCCAUCAAAUAUAAGGCAAUGAAGAAGGACUUCCCUAGCAUCCUGCGGUUCAUCACGAUCUGUGACUACACCAACCCUUGCACCAAGUCCUGGUUCUGGACCCGCCUUGCCAAGGCUUUGUCCCUACCCUGAAGAUGAAUGGCCCUGGUAGCCCUAGGUCUGUCAGUCUGUCCUUAUUCUUCUGCUUGUCUCCUCUGGCACUGUAGGAGGAGUUGGUGGUCCACCCAUCCCUGGAGAUUUCUACCUCUGCAGAUGCUCCUACAGCAGCCAAGCCCCAUCUGGACACCGUCCCUCAAGUCCAGAACGGAAUGAGUGACUGCCAGUGACGUUAUUACUUGCUGGAUUGUCAGCCAGCACAUUGAUCACCAGGGUUGGUUGACUCUAAGUAGAGGACCAGCUGAGCUACAUCUGAGCCACCUUUGGCCUCAGUUUCUCCACCUGAGAAACAGGAUAUGGAGAUCAGGCAGGAACAUUGGGGAGGCUGAAGGAGAGCUGAUUAUGGGACCUUAUCUUUGCCAGUACAACUGCUUCCCCAUCGGCUUUGUGUUCCUGUUCCUCCUUUUCCAGAGCAAUGGGGAGGUGAGCUGAGCUUUGUCUGGAUUCUCUGAAAUUAUCCUGUCUGCAUCUUUGACCCCCUUAGCCUCAGCCCCAUGUUUGGUCAUCACUGGUAACUGGGACUGCUUUUCCUUCCCAUGUAGCCAUGCCUGUGCACAUAUCUCAGUUUUGCCUUGCUUGAAAUGGGACCCUGUCCUCUGAUAUGCCUGUCACUUAUAGUGGCCCUAGCAAGACCACCAGGAUGAUGCCAUCAGGGAACCUUCCUCCUUGGCACCAGCACAGAGACUUUCUGACAAUUUUCUGCACCUCUUUGUUAACAAGUAGCAAACACACAAAAACAUCCUUUCCCCAGGGCUUGGAGGCAUGUUGCCCCAUAUAGUCUUAUUCAUGUAGAUACAUGUAAAUGCACACAUGCUCUCUCUCACACACAGGCAUCUGCAUACAUACAUGUGUUUGCUUUGGGACAACUCCCAAGAAUGGCUGAGUGGAAGCGUUCUAAAAUCAAGGGGGCCUGGCCAUCUCCCUGGACAAAAUGGGGUGUCCUUGCUCCAGGUAGUGGCACUUGCCUCUAAUUCCAGCGUUUGUGAGGUAGAGGCAGGAGACUCAGGAGUUGAAAGCUCUCCUUGGCUACACACCAAGUUUAAGGGCAGCCUGGACGACAUGAGAGACUAUCACCCCCCAAAAGGAGGAAAAGAUGGGGGCACUGUUAAUUUCUUCUCUCUUUUCUGUAAUCAUUGAAAACAAAGUCUAGAAAGGCCCCGAAUGUGAGAGCAUGUGUGUAUCAGCAAAAUGAAGACGAAAAAGGAGAAGUCAUGUUACACCACAACUCGGCAGACUCGCUGUUUCCUCCUUGGCAAGAUGGUUUCCAUAUUCCACUCAAGUUCUCUGUCAUGGAGGCAAUGUCACUGUCUCUGGUCUCGGAGCUCAGGGAACACCCCAGGGUCCCGAAUCCAACAGAAAAUGGGCCUCCCCUCAGUGACUGGGGCUGGGCUGGACGCCCCUUUGCAUGACCUCAUGAAGCACAUUUGUGCUUGAUAGUAGGAAUUUUUUUUUUUAAAGCAAUCUGGAGAAAGAGUCUUCUAUACCUGUCUUAUAGGUUUUAUGAGAACUUCAGUAAGAUGGACAGGAUAAAGGUUCAUGUUUGCCGUUUUAUACUUCUAUAUUUGAAGUUUAUAAUAAAAUUCUAUUUGAUAAAGCGUA